AUGGACCAAUUAGUGUCAUUCGAAGCUCUCCUAUUUCCUUCUGACGGCCGCAAUCCACAUAUGGUGGCUUUGAUGACAAGCCCCAUGUCGGUACCCGACCCACAUACUCCAUAUAGCACCCUGCCUUCUCGGAUGCCACAUCCCGAAGUCUAUAUGGACUACAUCGCCGAAGGCCUCGGUCCCCGAGCCUGGCAUUAUCAUCUCGUCGAGGCUCUCGACGGUAUGAACAAAAAAUUCGUUCAUCCUUACGUUAUCUAUUAUCCAACCUGUCUCUCGGAGAUCCAGGGGCGAUCAUUCAGAGAGGCAACUGCGUGGCGCGGAAAUAUCAUCGUCGCCAAGUAUCGGGAGAGCCCCUUCUCAUCAAUGGUCAAUGGAUCAAUUGCUGACUUUCCAAUACUGAGGAACUACUUUAUGACGCACGGUGCGCCUCAGCUGUAUGCGGAUAUCAACCUGAAGAUGCUUCUGUGA